GUUUGUUGACAGAGGCAACUUCAACCGCCUUUGUUACUUUCUUCUUCCUCAUUGAAAUCGGAAACUAAGAAACUGUCCUCCUCUUAUUUCUUCUUUUAUUCUCAAUGGGUUCUACUCGAGAUCUCGUCUUCCUGAUCAUCGCUCUCUUCUCUUCGAUCCUAUUCCUUCAGCUUUCCUCGUUACCGGAUCCGUCUUUUUACGAUUACCUCCGGGAGAGCAACCUUCCCGCCGGGAUAGUUCCAAAGGGAGUUACCAAUUUCUCGAUCGACGUCAACACGGGGCGUUUCACUGUCACUCUCCCUGUUCCCUGCGAUGCUAAGUUCGAGAAUCAGUUCCACUUCGAUUACAACAUCUCCGGCGUUUUAUCCGAUGGACGGAUCGGGAAUUUGUCUGGUGUGACGCAGAAGGAGCUGUUCCUUUGGUUUGCUGUCAAGGGGAUACAUGUGGAUCCGGAGAGCUCUGGGUUGAUCCACUUCGAUGUUGGUGUUGCUGAUAAGCAGCUUUCUCUCUCGCUCUUCGAGUCGCCUCGAGAUUGUACCGCCGCCGAAUCUAAACCAAGUGCGGUUGAUUUCUCUGGGCCUCGUGAUUCGGAGAAGCAGUCUGAAGAAAUCCAAUCGACAAUGCAGAAGCCAUCGGAAGAAAUCCAAUCGAUCUUUGGACCACGAAGGAAUCGUUGGACAGUACCAUCAUAGGUUUUUUUAGAUCUGAGGCUUACAAGGAAACUGCUAAUUCCUGAUGAUGUCUUGUGGUAUGGUGUGCCUUGUAAAAAGUUUGGCGUGUAGUAGUUUUUUUUUUGGUGGUGUACCAUAUCAUCAUAGUAUCAAACAGAGUAUAAGCUUCAAUAACUGCAAUAGACAAAACUUAGGAGGCAUGGAUAAGUUUGGUUUGUUAUAGCCUUAUAGAUGAGUAGUGGUUUAAGGCAUAUAUAUACAUAUAGAUGCUUGUGGAUUUUUUCAUGAGACGGCUUGUUUUGUUAUCACACUCUUUUAUUGGUUAUUUUACAUCAGUAAGAAGAAAUUAUGUUUUUUUUUAUUA